AGUUAUAUAUAUGAACAAAAAGGGAUUAUGAACGAAAAAAUAAUAUCAUCAUCAUCAGCCCUUUUAUGUCCCCACUUCAGGGGCUCAGGCCUUCCUUAUGGAUGGUUAAGGAGGAUGGGCCAUGACCCUCCACCCUGGCCCAAUGCGGAUUGGAGGGUAUUAACGACUGCAAAUGCAGCAGGGACCAACGGCUCAACGUGCCUUCCGAAGCACGAAGUAGCUCGAGAUAAUAUUUUUUUGGUUACCCAUCCCGUAACCGACCCCUGCGAAAGUUGCUUAACGACAACGAUCGCGGGCCGCGGCGCUUAACCACUACGCCACCGAGCUACUCAAAAUAUCAGAACGAAAAAAAUAA